AUGUAUGUGCGAGUUUUGGUGCUAUGGGCGUGUGUUUCUUGGCUGAGAAUCAAUAGAACCGCCGCCACCACCGUGAGGUGGUGGCUGUUAUCGCAAGAGUUGUUGCUGCCGCCACCAUACACCGCUAGGCGGGUGGUUGGCUUUUCUUUCCGAGCAAAAGACGUGAAGAUGCGUGUGUUGCAGUUGGUUGAUGUUAAUCUUCAAAAGUUUUUUACUUGGUAUACGGACGGUAUAUAUGACACUGAAGGGUGGCCUCAUAUCCUAAAGCUGAAAGACUGGCCUCCAUCAAAUUCAUGUGAAGAACGGUUUCCAUGUCAUGGUGUUGAAUUCACCACUUCCUUUCCCUUCAAAGAAUAUACACAUCCUUGUGAUGGCUACCUUAAUAUUGCUGUCAAGUUGCCUGAAAAAUCUUUGAAGCCAGACAUGGCAUCAGCGUUGCUACAUUUUUUGCUGGUGCAACAAGUAGCCAUUAUUGACCCUUGUAGAAGCAUGCUUCCGUACCCUAACAUGACAGAGGAAAUGUUUGCUGAGUGUUGCCCUGUUUGCCAAGGCAACAACAACUCUAUAAAUUGCUUGCGAAAUGUGUACAAUAUAGUCAAAGAGAAGAUUGAUUUCAAACCUAAUGAUGAUCAAAAAUUUCAAUAUUCUAUUUACAUCCUACAUUUGCUUUUUCCGUUAUUAAAGCAUGUAAAUGAGCAGCAUAUGAAAGAGAUAGCAAUAGAGUCUAGAAUUCAAGGAUCUUCUAUAUCGGAGGUACAUUUGAAGAAGGUAGAGUGCAGCUUGGAUAAGAAAAUUCACUAUAACUGCUGUAAAACAUCAAUUUUUGACUUGCAUAGAAGCUGCCCUUCUUGUCAUUAUAACCUUUGCCUUCAAUGUUGCUGGGAAUUGCGAGAUGGCAACCCUCAAGGAAACAAAGAAGAAACAUGUUAUGUUGAGAAGGCUGUUGAAGAUCCUGCACCGAAGGAAAAGCAAACUCAUGACUGGAAUUCUUUGGUUGAUGGCAGAAUUCUUUGCCCUCCAAAAAGCAUGGGUGGUUGUGGUCGUGGGAUUUUAGAGUUGAUGCACAUAAAAUCACUUGAUAGUGUUUUAGAAUUGCUAGAGAAAGCACAAAAGCUCUUAAAUAUGCACAAACUGGAGGAAGAUAUGAGGGAUAUGCCUGAGAAAUGGUGCACAUGUUCUUUAGAUGGUGGUGAUCAGCAAUUACGAAAAGCUGCUUCCCGUGAAAAUUCUAGAGACAAUUACUUGUAUUGUCCACGUGUAAUAGACAUUCAACAUGGAGAUUUGAAGCAUUUCCAGUGGCAUUGGUCAAAAUGGGAGCUUGUGAUUGUUAGUAAUGCUCUUGAAACUACACUUGGGUUGAGCUGGGAACCCAUGGUCAUGUGGCGUGCUUUUUGCUGGGCUUCAAAUUCCAAAGAAAACAAGCUCUCAGAUGAGGCUGCUAUUAACUGUUUGGAUUGGUGUGAGGCUGGAUAA